AUGGGCGAGGCUGUCAUGGACACGUUUACCUUUGCGAGUGCGUCAGAGGUCAAGACCAGUGUCAGCAUCAAGGUAGGCCGUCUCGAAGGCUAUGAGAAAGCCUUGGCCUACUCGACUCUGCUUCGCCAGCCCGAACUGCGCCACCGGGGAUCCAACCUGAGUCCGACAUCUGAGCUCUACGUUACUGCUCAAGUCUUCGCCGACAGCAAACCCUUGACCGUCCACGCUCAAACCCCAUACAAGACCUUCAAGAACGCACGUGCCUGGAACGAGUGGCUACAUCUGCCUAUUGACUACGCUCUCCUCCCGCUCAAUGCUCAGCUCGCAAUCACUGUCUGGGACCUAUCGCCGGCUGGCAAUCACGGUGCAAGAGGCCAUCACAUCCCCUUCGGCGGUGCCACCAUCUCACUCUUCGACGAACAUGGCACCUUGAGGAAAGGCAGGCAGAAGUGCCGUCUCUGGAGGCACAAGCAGGCUGACGCCUUUUCCGACUCGACCACUCCAUGCGCCCCCUCUACCAAGCGUCGUCGCCAUAGCCAGGACAACCAACAACUCUUUGCUGACGACAAGCACAGCCAGAGGGCUGCUGAGCUCGAAAGACUACAAGGUCUACUGAAGAAGCAUGAGAUGGGUGAACUCUCCGAGCACAAAUGGCUGGAUCAAAUGGUCUUUCGCCAGAUUGAGCGAAUGGAGCGAGCAAACAUUCGCGACGACAACAAGAUACACGCUCAGCCCACCACCAAUGGCCAUUCACAAGAAGACGCUUCAAUCUUCUACCUCUACAUUGAGUUUCCCCGCUUUGAUCAUCCUGUUGUCUUCACCGACCACGAAUAUCCUCCUCCUCCCGUCUCGAGCGCUCGCCUGCGCACCGCUCCAGGUUCAGAUGUUCGUCUCAAACCUCCGCCCGAGAUUCAUGUUGGCCCUGGCAUCGAUCCGAAAAAUCCUGGUUACGGCGACUCGCAUGCCCCCCAUCUGAUUCGCAUCUACGACCCGGAAGUUGGUUUCUACGACAAUCCUGCUGAGAUCAAGCACCGAAGUCUGGUGCGAAACCAACGCAUCGGCAUGCUUGAUCGACAUCUCAAGCCCAACCCGAAGACCAGAGAUCAACUCAAUCACAUCUUGUCAUACGGACCUACCACCGACUUGAGUGCAGAAGAGAGGGACAAGGUCUUCAAAUUCAGACACUAUCUCACUCGUGACAAACGUGCUCUCACCAAGCUGAUCAAGUCGACUUCUUGGAAUGACUCAAACGAGGUCCGUCAAGUCAUCCAACUACUCCCUAAGUGGGAAGAGAUUGACAUUGACGAUGCCCUUGAACUGCUCGGCCCAUCUUUCGACAACAAGGAAGUCCGCGCAUAUGCUGUCGAUCGCUUACGUAAGGCUGGGGACGAAGAGCUGCUUCUGUAUCUGCUACAACUCGUCCAGGCUUUGAAGUUCGAACCCGAAGUCAAGUCAAAUGCGAACUUCGAUCAAUACGACUCAUCCCUGGCCAGCUUCCUCGUAGCUCGCUCAGCCGCAAACAUCUUUCUUGGCAAUUACCUACAUUGGUACCUCAUGGUCGAAUUGGACGAAAGCUCAAAUGACGCCCAAGCAGCCACUUUCAAAAAGCUUUAUGCUCGUGUGUCAUACGACUUCAUGCAAGAGCUUGAGAAGACACCUGAAGGUCAAGCGCGUCGCAAGACUCUGCUGCGUCAAGGUGAAUUUGUCACUGUUCUUUCUCAAUUUUGCGAAGAUGCCCGGAGCAAGAAUAUUGAUCGUAUACGCAAGGUCGAGAAGCUCAAGAAAGCUCUCGUGGACCCAAAGAACGAUCUCGUCAAAAUUGAUCCACCUCUUCCUCUUCCUCUCGAUCCUAACGUAGAGAUUGUAGGUGCCGUGCCGGACAAUGUCAAUGUCUUCAAAUCAACGUUGUCACCGCUGUUACUCCAUUUCAGAACCACCAAAGGAGACAUCUAUCCUUUGAUCUUCAAGGUCGGCGAUAAUCUGCGUCAAGAUCAACUUGUCAUCCAGAUCAUCACUCUGAUGGAUCAGCUACUGUUGAAAGAAAAUCUCAAUCUUCAACUGUCACCAUAUCGCAUCCUAGCGACUGGUGCGCUGUCUGGCGCCGUUCAAUUCGUUUCGUCCAGUCCCCUCUCCACAAUUCUUGGAAAUGCCAAAUACAACAACUCGAUCCUUGGCUACCUCCGUGAACACAAUCCAGAUGGAGCAGCUCCCAUGGGCGUCCGCAAAGAGGUGAUGGAUACCUACGUCAAGUCUUUGGCUGGCUACUGUGUUAUAACAUAUUUAUUGGGUGUUGGCGAUCGUCAUAUGGACAAUUUGCUUCUUGCGUCAGAUGGCCACUUCUUCCAUGCCGACUUUGGCUACAUCUUGGGCCGUGAUCCCAAGCCUUUAGCGCCUAGUAUGAGACUCAGUGUCGAGAUGAUUGAUGGUCUGGGCGGUAGUCCCGACCGAAAUCCAAGCAAUCCCGACAGUCGAUUCGACGAGUUCAAGCAGUACUGCUUUACUGCCUUUACCACACUACGUCGCUCGUCAAAUCUUAUACUCAACUUGUUCGCACUCAUGCAGGACGCGAAUAUCCCUGAUAUCAAGCUUGCUGGUGAUCAGGCGGUCAAGAAGGUCGAAGAGAGGUUCUGUCUGCAGCUCAGCGAAGAGGAAGCCAUCACAUUCUUUGACAACCUCAUCAGCAGGUCGUUCGAGGCAUGGGGCCCCGUGCUCAUCGAUGGUAUUCACGACUUUAUGCAGCGUAUAAAAGCGUAG